AUGAGGAAGAAAUUAGUUCCCGAAGAGAAACCUGUAUACAAUGCUGUUGCUGUAUACAGAGAAAGAGGGAAUUAUUUGCAGCGCCUUGAGCUCUUUGAGAAUGCUAUACUCGCGUACAACGAGGCGUUACGGUGGAACGGCUCUGACGUGCGCUCGCUUCUUGGGCGCAGUCUCGCUAGAGCUAAAGCGACACACUACGUUGGAGCAUUGGCAGACGCUGCGAAAGCAGCUGAAUUGGAACCUGAAAAUAUUUCGGCCCUUCAAAUAAGAGCACAGACUGAAUAUCAGAAACGUGCCUUUGAACGAGCUUUAGUUUUGGCUCAUCGAGGCCAGAGUUUAAGAAAGCUGCCGCCUAACUUUGCAGAAUGCGCAAGGGUAGCUGAGGAAACAAUUCGGGAAUGUACAGGUAAAUAUGCAGGGAAGAUGCUAUCUAAUACCUUGGCUAUUCGUCAAGUAAAGAUAAGAGCGGAGUUGGAUGAUACCGAUGUUCCUUUAGUGAAGAAACGUGUGAGUCGUAUGCAAAAACAGCCUACACAAAAGGUUGUUCUUCGUGAAAGACGUCCUUUGUACGCCGCCCGCGCAUCCGAGGCAGCGGCUCGAGCACGUCUUUUCCGCACGAGAAAAGAACAACUAACUCGUGCUCAGCGUCAACAUGCUGUAGACGCACGAAGGUUAAUCCAUGCAACCCAAGCAGCUUACGAAGAGAGGGACACUGCGAAAUGUUUGGAGAAUGCUGAAUUUGCAAUAGAACGGAUCUCUAGGAAAUCUGUUAGAUUGUUGCCGUCGAAAGAAAAGCAACGCCUACGUAUUAUGGAGCGCGCUCUAGCUAUGAGCUGUGUCAAUAUAUGUCUGGAGGGAGAAGUAGCGGAUGCAGAAGAAAGUUUAGCGAAGCGCGAGAAGGCUAUGCUUAGUUUGAUGCAAGACUCCGACAUGCGUAGUGCAGCAGAGCAUCUCUUCAGGAGAAUGUCAGUUAUCCCUGCAUCGAGACGUUUCUCCAUUAUGCCGGGUGCUCGCGUCGAAGACAACGCGGAUACAGCGAGAAGCCGACGCGUUUCCAUAGCACCAAAGACACAACAACCUACCAGGAUAGCAAGGAAACCGCAAAAAGUUUUGGGUUUCCAAAACUUUGACUAUUGA